AUGAGUGACAGUGACACAAACUUGGAUGUGAAAAAAGAUGGCUCAAAGACACAGAGAAAAAGUAAUAAAGAAUACAUAGAGGCUCAAUUACAAGCUUAUAUUUCAAGACUAAAAUCGGAUAAGAUUCCAAUUAACAUUGGCAUCGAACAACCAAAUUCAGCAGAUUAUAAACAAUGGUCGGCUUAUAUUAAAGAAGUAAAAAAAUUUUCAGAGGAAAUGAAGCGUAAUGCUGAAUGGACUUUUGUAGGUAUCUUAAUUAGUCAAACGUACAAGAUUAUGCAAAUAUUGAAAAAUAAGAAAUUUAGAGAUGAUGACAAGUGUAAAAAGGAUUUAAUGAAAAUUCUAACAAAUUCAAUCCCGGACAACACAUCUGCUACUCAAGCUAGUUGA